AUGAGAAUGGCCUGGCGGCCAAAAUGGAAGGAAUACGGACUGCUUUUGCUGGCAUUCGCAGCCUCCACAUUCGCCGCACCUCAUGAGAAGGAAUCGAUUGGAGCCGGUUGUGUCUAUAAUGAGCACAAGUACACACACGGAGAUACCUGGUUUCCACAAGAGAACAACGACUGUUUCCAAUGUCAAUGUCUCGACGGCAAAGUACAGUGCCAGUUU